UCUCUCGCACACAUGAAUUGGCCUCUGCUUUUCUUUCUUUCUUUGUUGUUGGUUUUUUAAAGGAUUCUGUCCUUUAGUUUCCCUUGUUUUAUUUUUUUCCUCAAAAGAAAAAAAACAAACAUUAACCGUAACAAACAGAGUUUGAUUGUUAAAAGAGCGCGUGUCUGAUUCGAAAAUGAAUUGUUAGUUGCAAAAGAAGAGAGUAGUAGAAGUGAUGGGUCGUCCUCCCAGUAAUGGCGGUCCUUCCUUUCGCUUCAUGCAAUAUGAGGUCACGGAGAUGGACGCUAUUUUGCAAGAACACCAUAACAUGAUGCCAGCUCGUGAGGUUCUUGUAUCUCUUGCAGAGAAGUUCAGUGAGUCUUCAGAGCGAAAAGGGAAGAUUCAAGUGCAAAUGAAACAAGUUUGGAAUUGGUUCCAAAAUAGACGGUAUGCAAUAAGGGCAAAAUCAAAUAAGGCCCCGAUGAAGUUAAAUAUAACACCUAUGCCUCGCGAUGAUUCAGCUGCUGCGAGGAGUGUGCCUCAACAAGUAGCUGCUCCUAUACCUGAUGCUGUGCCAGCCACUACAUCUACUUCUUCAGAAUCACAUCCAAGCGUAUGGUCUGGCACGCACAUACACCCCAUGUGCUUGUCUGCUGGUGCCAGAAGGGCAACUUCAGAAAACUCUUAUAUGGAAUUUGAAGCCAAAUCUGGUAGAGAUGGUGCAUGGUAUGAUGUAGGAACCUUCCAAUCCCAUAGAUACUUGGACAAGGGGGAUCCGGAAGUAUUGGUUCGGUUUGCUGGUUUUGGACCUGAUGAAGAUGAGUGGCUUAAUGUUUGCAAGCAUGUCAGGCAGCGUUCUCUCCCUUGCGAAGCAUCGGAAUGUGUUGCAGUUCUUCCUGGAGACCUCAUACUCUGUUUUCAGGAAGGCAAAGAUCAAGCUCUGUAUUUUGAUGCUCAUGUUCUUGAUGCACAAAGACGAAGACAUGAUGUAAGAGGUUGCCGUUGUAGGUUUUUGGUGCGUUAUGAUCACGACCAGUCUGAGGAAAUUGUGCCGCUAAGGAAGAUUUGUCGGAGGCCUGAAACUGAUUAUAGGCUGCUACAACUUCAUGCUGCAAAUGACUCAGCAGAAACUGACCAGCAGAAAACUAGUGUAGAUCCCUCCAUAGCAAGUACCCUGAGGGUUGCUGCUUCUGCCACAGAAACAAUGCUGCAGCAGCAACAUAACACAGGUGUAGCAGCUCCGGUUUCCCAAGCCAAUGUUUCUCAACCUGCCAAAACAAUAAUUGCGGAGCCAAAAGAGGCUGCAACCGUCAGUGCUGUCGAUUCUGGAAAUCCUAGUUUCAUCUCCACUGCUGUGCUUCCCAGCGUUGCGGCUACCGCUGCUGUGUUGGCGAGUGGAAUGGCUAUGAGUAGCGGCCCUGGUGGCUCUGGAGAGAACAUGCAGGGAAUUAAAUUGUAGUUUGAUGUACCUUGAUUGUUGCUCUGUUUCAUGAUGAGCAGCUACCUUUCCCCACAAUUGGAGAGGGGACAUGAUCCACUAGUAAUGAUACAGUAAAGUUUAUUCCGGUCCAUGUACAAGAAUCGCAACCAAAUAUUAGGAAUCUGAGUCUAAUUUUAUGAACUUCCUGGGCCUUUAUUAACAAGUAUACAUCUUUUCUUUCACCAA